AUGUUCAAGAGUUCGCUGGCCACACACAGCAGCAUCGAUCAUGAUUUGUUUCCACUGCUGACGGUACGCAGCUGCGUAAGCGAAGCUGACGAGAGCAAGAAUGGGCCGCGCUUCUGCGCUGAGGACAAGAUGACCGGCGGCGCGUACGAGAUUCGAAGCCGCAAGCUCGACUUGGAGGCGGAGCAGCUUGUAGACGGCGCGGGUUGCCGAGACACUCACCGAAAUCUAUCACCCAAUGAUCUUCGCACUAUUAGGCGGCAGCAGGAGCGGAUCGACGCCCUUCUUACUGCCACCGCUCACUGCGCGGUGCCGCCAUGCGUGGCGCUGCCGAUCGACGUGUACAUUCAGGAGCAGCCGUCCACCGCUUACACCUACGUGGCAAGCGUGGAUGCGUUCUCCGGGCUCUCACUGGGUGAUAUCAUUCGCUCCGGCUGGGGCAUGAUGGAGGAGAGCGUAUUUCUAGAGAUUCUGAACGCCGUGGAGGCAUUUGGCUACGCGAGUGCCAGACUGCCCCCCCAUGGAAAUCUUAGCUCCGACGCCAUCAAGCAGCUGCUUAUCGUGCGCGACGGUGCCUCUGAGGCGCGGCAGCCGUCACGGUGGGUGGUGAGCGAUUGGCUGCUGCUCAGCGACGACAGCGUUACCUCAUUCGACCCACAGGCGUUUGUGGCUGACCUGGAGUGGGUGCUGCAUUCCUCUUUUGCACAGCUGCACAUCUCGACGACCACCGCGCAGGGGAGCACCCUCAUGCCGGCGGCUCGUGUCGAGGAGCUCGUGGGUGAGACUGUCGACCGCAUUCGCGCUCAUCUUCUCCGCCAAGGCGCGGAGGCACACCACAUUACCUCUUCUGACGGCUUGACCCAGCUGUCUGACGGGGGACUGCAAACGGACACGAAGGCCUUUCAUGCACACCUCGAUGCUUCUUCCUCCGGGGUAACCGACGUCGACGGCGCCAGUGCGAAGCAAACCUCGGCCAGCAACGAGGAUGGCGUGCCAACCUUCUUCGAUAGCGCUCACGGCAACACUGCCAACUGGGCUUCCGCUGCCACAGGAAGUGCGCGCGAGUUUCAGGCUACAGCGCAGCCAUCGUCGCCUCCACGAUCGUUCCCUGACCCUAGCGCGGCGACUGCCAGUACUGCGGCUGCUUCCUCGCUGAACACACUGCCAGCUACUUCGCUGACCAACGAGAGCCAAGGCUCGCGCGGCGCUGCGGACAAGUGCGACAGCGAGAAAGAGGCCUUCCGCGUCGCUCGGCAGAUGUCUCUCAAAGACAAGGUGGCUUACCAUCAAGCCGCGCUUCGCAGCGAGCAGCUUCUGGUGAACAGGCACCGUCGUAAGAACGCCCCGCUGCCGCCACGGCCCCAGCCGGUGUCGGCGCACAUACACAACGCGCGCCCUAUCCUCUCUCCGAGUGCCUCUGAGGAGGACGAGGAGUUCUUCUACGAUCCACCCGCGGUGACGUCUCCAAUUGACGUAAAGCCGAGCGCGUACUUGAUGCAGGGCCACCGGUCCUCGCCGAACGGGCGAGGCGCCGGCAGCGCUCGCAAGCUUCAGUCCCCACGCAGCGCUCGGACACUCAAUGGCGAAGCGCGAACUCCGUGCGAGCGCUCGCGAUCGGCGACAACGCCGCCGCCAUCGCAGCAGUCGCGGGCAACUCUUCACGCUUCCGCGUCUUGUGACCAGCUGCGCGAGCGUCUCUUAGAUGACGUGGUGAGCAUAGCGGUGCUGAAUCAACGCCGGCGGGCGGAAGACCAUCUUCUGCAGCAGGAAGCUGAGCGCCGCCGACGAGAGGAGCGGCAGCAAGUGCUUUCUCUGUCCACACCGCCUCGCAGCGUUGCCGGCGAACGCCUUUCCACGCCAAACCUUUUGGACAAUCGCGGAGCGUCUAUCUCCUACCCUACUGCUCCGAGCUCCCCUUCCGUAGAAGCAAAGGCUGCCAAGGCCGCCGACAAUCACCGGCGGGCCUGUCGACGGGGCACAGUGCCAUGCGGCUCUGCCGCAAACGUGAGCCACGGCGGCAGUGCAUCACCGUCAGGCUAUUGUCUGGUUCUUAUGGCGUCACCCCAUGACGCAGCGAUGAACCGCUUUGACGAUGCAAGCAAGAGCCCAGAGCCAACGCCGCCGUCGCCACGUUGGAGCCGUAUUGUUCGCCCUACUUUCUGUCAGAGGAAACCCGCUGGGAAGGCUGCGGCUGGCACGCGGGUGGCACCGCCACGGGCAUCUGCACGUGGUGCAGCUACCACCGCAGUCGCGAGCCGAUUGCCACAGACGGCAGGCAAAACCAUGGUGCCGUCACAGACCUUCCUGUACGGCGUCCGCACCGGCACGGCAGCCACCAUAGUGCGAUCGGAUACAGCCAAAAUGUCCGUCAACGCACGUGCCGCUGCGGCGAUGGGAGGGGUAGCGACCGAAGCGAUUCCCGGGAAUGGUAGCAAUCUAAGCCGGCAACUUGCUGCGAGCGCUAUGCCUCGCUCUGGCCGUAGCACGACGGCUGCUGGAAAUCGAGCGGCUUGGAUUGUCGGACAGCAACAGCGCUCUGCAAGGGCGAGGGCUGCCGCGCCGCUAGUGCAGAGAAACACUCGCGCCUCAACCGCAUCUCCUCUGAGUUCUCCACGACAGAAGACAGCGCAGCAGUCGGCGGCGGCGCCCUUUGUAAAACCGCUGACUUUUGCUUCCGUUCUUGGACGCCUGGCGUCUCCGCGUAAGGCACCAGCGGUGGGUGGUGCGAGCAGUCCGCCUCCUGCCAGCCGUGUCGCUUUAGGGCAGCUGGUACCCGCACGGAGAGCCGCCGCAACGUCUUCCGGCUCGUUUUCGUACUUCUCGAACGGCUCUACUCGAAAAAGCAUCACGGAUGCAAAGUUUCAGGCGCUGCGGUGUCCCAGCACUGCUCGCCCGCCUCCGACACAGCUGCGGCUGGCCGCGUCCCCGCGGGUGUACCAACGCAUGUCGUCGACCGGAGUUCUCCGCUCGCCUCGCAAUGGUGUUCCCGUCACACCUCUUAGACGAUCAUCAGCAGAAACGCCAACCACCGCACUUCAGUUGUCGUCGUCGAUUGGCGAAGUGUCACGUAGCGUGUUGCAAAAGCCAGCGGAGCUGGAAGCUCCCACACCAAUAGCGCUGCGCACAACGCAGCCACGGCUACCCGUUGCCGCCGACUCCGCGUCGGCAAAGGGCCGUGCAUCCGUCAGUCCUAAGCCACUACGGCGUCUGCUGCUGCAGAAAGACUCUCCAGGUCUCUCGGCUAGGCAUGCCGUCACCCUUGACACUCAGAACACCGAUCUGCCGCCGACUUCUGCGACCGAGGAUAGCCUAACCUCACCGCGCACCCCACCACCACCACCACCACCACCACUGGCUUUUACUAAUGGAGCUGCCGCUACGGGGGCUGUACGCCGAUUUACUUGCGCGGAUCCUCCGGCUCAAAGCGGGGUGGCCGAGGUUGAGAAUCGCGCGCCGCGAGGCAGGAAUGUCGGAGGGCCGAGCCUGUCUCCUGGCAGCCGUCCGAUGGCAGCGUCGGCUUUAGCGACACAGAGGGAGAAGAAAGGUAAGGCGCAUGCGGCAUUGCCGUGCGCUGAGCCGCUGACGCUGGGUAGCGUGCGUCCGGUGAAGAAAGCGUCGCCCGGCAUACCGCUGCUGCGGCAUCGAAGCUCGACCAUGUAA